AUGCCUGUGGCUUCUGAUAUCCACCUAUUCCAGAAACAGCAGCACUUCAACCGAUCGAAGAAUCUGGAGAGAAUGGUUCAUCCUUGUGGCAGUGGAGCCUUCGGAUAUUUCGAGACAACUAAAGAUAUCACGGCGCAUUGCAAGGCCGACUUCUUGAAAAGCGUCGGCCUCAGAACCCCGGUGUUCACUCGAUUUUCAACUGUCACUCUGGGUCGCGAGUUUCCCGAUCUGGCUCGAAACCCUCGUGGCUUUGCCAUCAAAUUUUACACGGGAGAAGGCAACUAUGAUAUUGUCGGUUUGAACUUUCCUGUCUUCUUUUGCCGUGAUCCCAUCCAGGGCCCGGAUGUGAUCCGCUCCCAGUACCGGAACCCACAGAACUUUUUACUCGACCAUAACUCGCUGUUUGAUCUCCUUGCUAACACACCGGAAGGUAACCAUGCCGGGAUGAUGUUUUUCAGUGAUCAUGGUACACCGCAAGGAUGGAGACAUAACCACGGAUACGGAUGCCAUACUUUCAAAUGCGGCGAAGACCCCGAUUACUCAAAGCGUGACCUUUGGCGGGCCAUUGAAAUUGGCGAAGAGAUUACCUGGACUGCGCAUGUUCAGAUCAUGGAGCCGGACGAGGCUGACCCAGAUAACCUUGGAUUUGACCCAUUUGAUGUCACCAAAGUUUGGCCCAAAAGCCAGUUCCCGCUGGUUUUGAAUCGCAACCCGGAGGAUUUUCAUAGAGAUGUUGAGCAGGCUGCAUUUUCUCCCGGCAGCAUGGUCCCGGGGAUUGAAGACAGCCCAGAUCCUCUUCUUCAAUUUCGCACUUUCUUCUAUCGCGAUGCUCAACUACAUCGAAUCGGAGUCAACUGGCAUCAAAUUCCAGUCAACUGUCCAUUCAUGGCAUCUUCUUACGCUUCAUUGAACUUCGAUGGUCAGAUGAGAGUCGACGCGAACCACGCCGGAAAUGCGCAGUAUGCUCCAAACAGCUUCGUGAAUAAGUUCCGUCCUGAUACUGCCGAAGCUCCAUACCAGCUUGCUGAUAGCACUGUGAGUCGUAAGUCGCAUUUCUGGCAUGAGGGCAGCCACUCCGAGUACGAGCAAUCCCGAGCGCUCUAUGAAAAGGUUAUGAAUGGCGAAGCCCGGGAGCAUCUCCACUUGAACACUGCCUCCCCGCUUAAGAAGGUGGAGUACCCCGUGAUCCAAGUGAAAUAUUUGGCACAGCUGUUCAGAGUUUCCCACCAAUAUGCUAAGGCUGUGUACGAUCUGUUGCCGGAGAAAUCGUUCAGCUUCGAGGAAGUGGAGGAAAGGUCCCAAGGAGCCGAGAAGAUAGGCAAGGAGGAGAAGUUCUGCUCAAGUGCGAAAACAGAUAAGUUGGCGGGAAAAGGUCCCAGAGCAAAGGUUUAUAACGCCUAG